AAUACAAAAAAAAACAUGAGGACACAUGUCAACAAACCCCCAUUCCACAUGUCAUAAGAAGGGAAAAAACCAACUUUAUAUAUAAAGAUUAAGGUUCCCUUCCAACAUUCCGAUAUGGGAUCUAAUAACUACAUCACUCGAGUUCAAAGGAACAUAAUUGCAAUCUUAACACUGGUCUAUAGUUGAACAGACAAUGGCACAAUUCCAAGUUUUGUAGAGAUUCCCAACACCUUAAAUUAAAAUAGAUAAAAAUCAAAUUACAUUACAAUAUCCUUUUCAAGUUACAUUACAAAUAACAAAGUAUUAAAUAUUUCUUUUUACUAAAAGGAUAGGAUACAUUAAUGUCAAAUCUGUUUCCUAUAUAAAUGCAAACACACAUAACAAUUAACAUCAUAAACAUUAGAAAAAGCAGAAAAAAAAUCACAUCAAAGAACCCUAAUUAAUUUCUCCUACAAUGGACGUCUUACCUAGGGAUCUCAUGCACAAAAUUCUCUUCAUGAUAGAUCACAGAUCCGUGGCGAUGAUGCGUUGCACAAAUAGAUCCCUCCAAACGCAUAUAAACGACCCAUAUUUUAAAUCUGAAUACUCUUCUCGGGUUGGAUCCGGUUUGGUACAUAUCUCGGCGUCUGGCUCAAGUUAUCUCUCCUACAACCCUAACGGCGAUUCUAGGUCACUCAAAACCAAAGAUACCUUAAAGGAGAGUCAUAUCCUGGGAUCUUGCUCUGGCCUUCUACUAGUCUUCAUUGAUGAUCGUCUAUGCGUCGUGAAUCCAGUUACCAAGAAGUUUCGAUACUUUAACCAGUCUUGGUUCAUGCGUUUCACUGGGGUGUUUAGCCAUACAGGCGUUGUUAAUCGGGGAAACAAAAAGCACAUCGGGUUGGUGGUUGAUCGAACCACCAAGAGUUUCAAAAUAGUCCACAUGGUCGAUGUGGGAACAGACUAUGAAAGUAGGUAUAAGUUUGAGAUCAACGGUGAAAACUCAUGGAGACGUCCAAAAACAACGCUUACUUGUCUCUCAAGCGUUCCACUGAAAACACCUGUUUACUUGGAAAGGUCUCUUCACUGGCUGAGAAACGACGGAAGCAUCGUGUCUUUCAAUCUCGAAACAGAGCAUGCACGACUUAUUCCGACCAGUUUUCCCCGGGGAUUGAGUUUAAAAACGCUAUUCACCUUAGGUAAUAAUGGACUAACAUUGAUAUCGGCAACGGAGGAAUACAUUUAUGUUUAUUCCCUUGAGAACAUUCUCCGUGAUCCUAAGUGGGUUUUUGUGAAGAAAAUCCAAAACAUAAUGAUGGACAAAAAGAAGCUUAGUUAUUGGAACUUAGAGGCUUACAACGGCAAGUGUUUAUUGUUGAGGGAGUAUAGGGCGAAGGAAGAAGAACCACUUUUUUGCGACCAAGUGGUUCAUGUGUACGACUUGAGUACUAACAAGUGGGUAGUCAUGGGUUCGAUUCCAGGGUGGUGUAGUGUAAAUCACGAAUUUUUUCAGUUCACACCGUCGACUUCUUAUGUAGUGGGACUUGAUGAGAUUUUGCCUUGGGCUGGCGGACGCAUCUCCUCUCUAAGCACUAUUAUGGCACUGAUUGAUGGAAGCUCAUCAGAAAAGGUGGAAAAACAAUUAGGAAAAGAUCAGCCGGACACAGUUUUUUUUUCUGAGCAAAGUGCUAAAAAGAAAAGAAGAGUGGUGUGAA